AUGUCUCAAGCUACCCUCGAUGCCGGAGCUCUCGAUGAGUUGAACUCCGUCGAGACUCGCAUCUUAUUCGACACUACCGACAAGCUUUCUUCGCUCGGCCUUGGCAAGAUCGUCAAUCUCCCUCAAAUAAUCGUCGUGGGGGACCAGUCAUCCGGAAAGUCAUCUGUCCUUGAAGCCAUCUCCCAUGUCAAGUUUCCCGUUAGCUCGGGCUUGUGCACACGUUUUGCCACAGAGCUGGUUCUCCGAAACGGCACCCAAAGACGCGUCAAGGCCACCAUUCGGUUCCACAACGAUGUUAAGCCUGCACAGGAGAUAAGGGUCGAUUUUUCUGAGGGAGAGGAUAUGAGCAAAGUCUUCUCCGCCGCUAAAGAGCACAUGGGCCUCACCGACUCCAACAGGGGAUUUUGCAAGGACGUUCUUCGUCUGGAGGUCGAAGGUCCAAACCUAUACCCUCUGACCCUGGUCGAUUUGCCCGGAAUCUUCCAUACUGCGACAGCAAAGCAGUCGGCGGAGGGCAGGACAACCGUCAUGGAGCUGGUAGAAAGCUAUAUGGAAAAGAAAAACAGCAUUAUCCUCGCCGUCAUUUCAGCCAAUAAUCAGCUCGCCAACCAGAGAGUCCUGGAGGAGGCGGCAAAACACGACCCCGCCAGAAAGCGUACGCUUGGGGUCAUUACUAAGCCAGAUCUUCUCCAUCCAGGAUCUCCCAACGAACUCGAGUAUCUUCAAAUUAUCAGGGGCCGCGAAGCAGUGCACAACCUGCAGCUUGGAUGGCAUGUGGUACGCAACCUUCCAGACUACGGCACAUCCGAGGUAGAUCAUGACUCUCGGGACGUAGUCGAAAGAAAGUUCUUCGAAUCCGGGUCCUGGGCUUCUAUACCAGCAAUCCAUCGGGGCAUAUCUACUCUACGGAAACGUCUCAGUCAUGUCCUUCAUGACCAAAUCAAGAAGAAUCUUCCAGGUGUUCUUGAAGAAAUUCAAGGGAAGCUCGCUGAAAAUGAGACCGAGCUCGCACGCUUAGGGCAGGCCAGGACUAGUCCUGCCAGCAUGAGAGCAUAUCUCGUGGACAUCGCAGGAGGAUUUGAGAGACUUGUCCGCGACGGCAUACAGGGCCACUACAAUGAUCCGUUCUUCGGCGGCUUUGAUGGUACUGAUCGGAAGUUGCGGUCUCACCUGCGAAAUUUCAAUCGAGCCAUUCGUCACAUUCUCACUGUGCAAGGGUCAUCGCAGAAAAUUUCCCUUGGCGUUCCUAGUAGUAGGAGACAGAAGACCAUGCCACCGCAUCUUGCAGAGUUCCUCUACAAGCAUCCAUACGACCUUCCCAUGCCAGAACCAAUUACUUGGUCAGAGAUGACCACUCAAUUGGAGCGGCAAGCGGCCGCGAACCAGGGCACCGAGUUUCCCGGAUAUGCCAAUACGAACUUGAUUAUGCCGCUGUUUCAGAGACAGUCAAAACCCUGGGAGGCCGUCGCCAGGCUGCAUUUGAAGAAGGUCAUCGUCAUGGUGAAGGCAUUCGUAGACCAGGCAUUUGAGCACGUCGCUGGACCCUUGGGCACUUGCAGUACCACUUCCACCAUCCUGUCGACCUGCGUCGAUCCUUUCUUCGAUGCAAAGGAGGAGAUUCUCGAGAACAAGUUGCGGGAGCUUCUUCGACCUGUUCAGGAGGGAUACGCGCUUCCUCUUGAUGCUGACUUCCAGGAAGCUAUGGACGGCAGAAAAUCUGAUCGUGACUUUGAGGAUGCCUCGGGGGACUCCGACAGCAACAACGCGAGUGACGAUAGCUCAGAAGGCUCGCAACACACGGGAACAGAUCUCUCACAUCGACGCAAUGAGUUUGGGACCGGGCAGGCUAUCGAAACAAUGCAAACAUUCUACGACAUGGCGUUGCGCACUUUCACUGAUAACCUGAUCAACCUGGCGUUAGAGAGCUGUCUCAUACAAGAGCUUCCAGGAAUUCUGACACCGAAAGAUGUCAACGCAAUGGAUGAUGCAAGGUUAGAGGAGCUCGCGGCCGAGUCGGAGGAGAUUCGGGCGCGACGCACACAGCUGCAGAGCGAUAUCAAGCUGCUCAAGCAGGGUCUGGAUCAAUGCCGCCGUUCAACCCACUACUCCCACGAAGAGCCAUCAGCGGGACAUUACUGGAGGAUUGUCCACAAACACUACACCUCACAGCCAACAAACGAGCCGAGUAUCCGCACCAAAGACAGCUCCUAUAAUCGUAUCAGCCACAGAAACUAA